GUAAUCGUUAUGUCUUCAGCAAACAAAGCAUCUGUAAAUGAUCUUCCUGUAAAUAAUCUGAAGAAAACUAUUUCUGAGCUCUUCCAGUCGGACUCAUACUCUCAAGAACAACUCGGUCGUAUCUCGAACGCCAUGGCCGUGUUCAUGGGGACCAAGUCUUCAGUUCCAUCAGAAGUGGACUCCGCGCAACCCAAGCUAUCAAGUGCAAAAAAUGAGCCAGAAAACAUAAACUACCCGGGACUUUUGAUAGGCAGUGCAAGCGAAUUAGGGAAGACGAUUACGGGACUCACAGCUUUGAAAAAAUGGUUCCGAUCUGAGGCAAUAGAUGUGAGCAGCUCAUGA